UUUAGGUCGCUGUUGCACUGGCUGUUUUUUCAAGCCCAAAAAAUUUAGAUAGCACGAUAGAAAACAACGUCAAAAAUAUCUAAUUGACAAAUAUUAGUCUACAACCAAAUUUCAAGUGGAUUAGAACACACUACUCCAUUUCGGAAAAUCUAUUACGAAAUUUUUUCAACUAAAUUCCAAAAAUUAUUUUAUUGGAUUGCCGAUUUUAUUAAGAAUGGCGCUUCGUCUUACAACUCUUGCUCUCCGAAGACGAGCUCCACUACUUCUAGUGCCAAAGUUGCAGCCACCAGCAUCAAGCCGCACUUUACUACUCAGGAAGAACCUCGUACCGUUCAUAGAUGAUGAUCCUUGUGUGUUCUCGAAGAAAGCCGUCAUGCACCAUUGGGGGGUCCUUCCCAUUUUGUUUAUCACGAUAAUAGGCGGGAUAAUUAAAGUUGGCGCAAUGAUUCGUUUGGCUUUUGUUAAGGACGAUGUCUGGUUUACCAAGGACUCAGCGUAUUACGAGUAUUGUGAGACGCGACAGGGACCGUGGUACAAGCAUAAGAGCCGAAAGUGGGGUGGCCGCGAUGAUUAUGAAUGGCCACCUGGACUAAUAAUGGCCAAGCAAGGCGAUGUCAAUGGUCCUUCAUAUUCGGAGGACGGUGACAAGAAAGGUGAAGACGGUCCGAGCGUUCAAGCAGUUGUAGGCCAUGCAGUUGUUACAGGGGCAGCUUUGGGCUUGGCAACAUUGCUUUAAAUUACAUAAGACGAAGAAGAUUGUUUAACAAAUUAUGGCGCGAGACGCUCUUACUUCCAUCAGGGCACUCAUUUUUAUAUUUAUUUGUAAUGUAUCUCCAACAGUCGAGAAUGAUGACAAAAAAAAGAAGUAAAAUUCGCCUGGAUUGGAGGUGGCGAAAUUAGCAUCGAGACUAUGUAUUUCAUAAAUCUGAAUAUAAGGUUACCAUCAUGUAGUCUGACCAUAAGCUUUCGAAUUCAUUAAGAGGGACUUCCAAUGCUGUUGAACGAGCUCUAAAACGAGGUUUGAUGGCAAUCUUGAAAUCGAUUUAAACUAAUUUUCACUAUUUCACAGAGAUAUAUUCAAGCAUUCCACUGAGA